UAAAUGGUAACGAUGUGAGCAAGUAAUCCUCAUUCAAAUUCUAACUAAAGAGAUAUGGGGCUAAGUAGUAGAACAGUUCAGAUUAAGAUCAAGUCAAGCGGUGAUGUUUUUCACGAGUUAUGGAAGACAGACCCCCAUCAAGUUCCCAGCUUGACCCCGACUACCAUCCAAAAUUGUCAAACCCAUGAAGGUGAAGUUGGAACCGUGGGCUCUGUGCUUUUAUGGAACUAUUUUCAUGAUGGAAAAGACCGUGUUUCAAAAACACAAAUCAUGGAAAUCGAUGAGGGCAAAAAGUCAAUCACCUUCAAGCUACUUGAAGGUGAUCUCACGGAAUUAUAUAAGACCUUUAUUAUACAUGUUCAUGUAGACACACAUGGUUUAAGCAACCUUGUCACAUGGACUGUGGAGUAUGAGAAGCUAAGUCCUGAUGUUCCUGAUCCAGAUACGCUUAUGGAAUUUUACGAGAAGGUCACCAAAGACAUAGAGACUCACCAUCUCAAGAAUUAAUCUAAGUCUCCAUCUCUAGAAAUUAAAUAAACCAAAAUCUAGAUCGCAUCAUUUAAUAAUUGAUUUUGGAUGCGUCACAUGUUGCAUGCGCUAUCUUGUUUAUGCUAUGUUUAUUGGUUGUGUUAUAUGUAAAAAUGGUGUUGCUUUAAGUAAUCGUAAUAAUUUUAUAUGCUAAAGUUUAAUUAUGUAGCAAA